AUGCAAAAUCUUGGUUUCUACAAUACAAGAGCCAUAGGAUUACAUGAUUUAACCGGUGCUAAUGUUGCUCGACGUUUUGCUAUUGAUACAGACAAGCAAAUAGUCUAUCUAUUGAAUUCUCAUUCUAUAUAUUCAUUAACAUUAGAAGAUGAAAAACUGAAAUCUAUUUACACAACAACUGAUAAAACAAUAACAUUAGAAGAUUUAUCUUAUAUUUCAGAAUUAAAUCAUUUAUGUUUUGGUUUAUCCAAUGGCGAUUUAGUUUCAAUACAAUUCGAUAAUGAUUUCGAUGAAAAUGUCAAUGUUAUUGGCACAUUAGAAGAAUGUAUACAUGAACUAAAAUCAAGUCCUGAUCAACAAAUACUUGUUGCGGUAACAAAUAGUAAAGUACUUUUACUUUCAACAAAUAAUGAUUAUGAACCUAUUGCUGAAGCUAUACUUGAUACAAGUGAAUUUGGCGAGCAACAAUUAGUCAAUGUCGGUUGGGGUUCAAAAACAACACAAUUUCAUGGAUCAGUUGGCAAGAAAGCUGCUCUUGAAACGGCUCAGACAACGCCUGCAACAUUAAGAGCAAAUCAUGAUGAUAAUCGUAGUCGUAUUGUUUGGCGCGAUGAUGGCGAUCUAUUCGCUAUAUCAUUUAUUUCGUUAACAAAUCAAUGGCGUACCAUAAAAAUCUUUAAUAAACAAGGUCAAUUACAAGCAACAAAUGAAUCGCCAUUAAAUGGUUUUAUUGAAUCGGCUAUAGCAUGGAAAAUAAGUGGAGAAUUCAUUGGUGCUGCUAUGAGAUUUAAUAAUGGACAAAAGUUGACAAUCAGUUUUUUAGAAAAAAAUGGUCUUAAACAUGGAGAAUUAGUUUUAGAAACAGGAGAAAAUAUUGAACAAUACGUCGAACAUAUCGCAUGGAAUAAAGAUUCAACUAUUCUCGGUCUUGUCCUUCAUAAAGAGAACGAUUCGUAUCUUCAACUAUGGUCAUCGAGCAAUUAUCAUUGGUAUUUAAAACAAAAUAUUCCAUUUUCAUCUGUUAACAUUCAAUCACUCCUAUGGGAUAUUGAUAUAGCCAAUAAACUUCAUUUAAUUACGAACGAUGGUCAAUAUCAUUCAGUGACUUGGUCGUGGAUAAGUCAAGUUAGUUAUACAAAUACUCGUUCGCUUGUUUUUCUUAUCGAUGGUUGCCAUUUAUUUGUAUCGGAUUUUACACAUUCAUCAAUUCCACCACCAAUGUCUUCCUACGAAAUUGUUUGUCCAUUGCCUAUACUUGCUGUCGCUUUCGAUGAUGAUCAUGAUCAAUUGAUUCUCAUACUAUCGGAUCGUUCUCUUGCAGUAUGCGGUACAUCAUCUUGUCUUUCGGAUUAUCGUACAAUAAUUCGUUUAUCGGAAAUCAAAUCAGCUCAUUAUGUUUCAUCAAUCGUAUCAUCAGCAGAGUCACCAAUAAAAAGUAUUCAUCAUGCAACACAUUAUCGUCUUAUAAAUCAAGAAUUUUAUUUCAUUGAAAAUUCUCAUUUACACAUUUAUAAUCUUCAAACUAAGACAAUAAAAACUAGUUUAUCAUUAAACUUCAAUUGUUUAACAACAGCAGUCGACCACGAAGAAGUAAAACAUUUAUAUCUAGAAGAUGAACAUGGAAAAAUAUUUCAAUUGGACAACAAUGAAUUACAUGCUAAAAUGCAUUUUCCUCGGCCGUGCCCACAUUUUUCAGCUGUAUUAAACGGACGAUUUGUUGGUCUAACAGAAAACUAUCGUUUAUAUUUAAAUACUGCGGAACUUGCGCAUAAUUGCAAUUCAUAUUUUAUUCAUGAUAAAACCAUACUUGUCUAUUCAACUUUACAACAUCAAUUAGCUUUUCGAUCGUUGAUAAACGAUGAAAUUGUUGCAGGGAUUAGUCAACGACGAACUGAACGUGGCACUCGCAUCGUCUGUACGGCUUUCACAGAUUUAAAACUUGUUCUACAAAUGCCCCGUGGUAAUCUUGAAACAAUCUAUCCUCGACCAUUACUAUUAACAUAUAUAUCUGCUGAUUUAAUCGAUAGUGAAACGACAAAUUACAAACGUGCAUUUGAAUUAAUGCGAAAAAAUCGUCUGAAUCUUAAUUUUCUCUAUGAUUAUAAUCCAAAGCAAUUCUUCGACAAUAUUCCAUCGUUUAUAUCGAAGACUCGUAGUGACGAUGAUAUAUGUUUAUUUAUAAGUGAAAUUGAUAAUGAAAAAAAUACUCGAGAAGAAUAUAUGAAAUAUAUAUUAAAACAAGAAAAACAUCCUCCAAUCGAUGCUAAAAUAUGGCAUCCGAAAGCAAAUUUAUUGUGUGAAAAAUUUCGUUCGUGUCUUCUAUCAACAGAGAAUUGUACUGAGCACAUGAAUUCUAUUUUAACAACAUUUGUAAAACAAUCGCCAUCAAACAUGGAAGGUGCUUUGGUAUUUUUAAGUCAACAUCCGAAAUAUUUCGAUAAUGCUAUACGUUAUUUAACCUAUUUCAUUGAUAUCGAUCGUUUGUAUGAUACAGCAUUAGGCACAUAUAAUUUUGAUUUGGUUUUAAUGAUAAGUGAAAAAACACAAAAAGAUCCGAAAGAAUAUUUACCGGAGUUAAAUCAAUUACGUUUAAUUAAUAAUCAUCAUUGGCAAAAAUUCAAAAUUGAUUGUCGUUUAAAACGCUUUAAAAAAGCGAUUGAAAAUGCAUGUGAUUAUUUCGUUGAACAAUUAUUGAAUAGACCAGAUGAACAUGAAAAUGAUAGAUUUCAAGAAUUUAUUAAUAUUUUAGAAAAUAAUCGUUUUUAUAAAUUGGCCAUAAGAAAAUUCCUCUCGAAUCAACAGAUUAAACCAACGAUGGAAUAUAUUAAUCAUAUUAUUAAAUUAUAUGCAGAUUAUUUAAUGACGAAAAAAUAUUACGUUGAAGCUGCACUUAUUUAUGAAAGAGGAAGAUUUUUCGAUCAUGCAAGUAAAGCUUUUAGACAAGGAAAAGAUGUACAAAAUUCAUUGAAAUUAUUACCAAGCGUUUCCGUCCAAGCAAAACAACCAAACACUGGCAUGGAUCAAUAUCAUUCAUUAGCCGAACAGUUUCGUAACGAUACUUUAUACAUCGAAUCUGGUCAAAUCUAUGAAAAUCAUCUUGACGAUUAUGAAGAAGCACUUCUUUCGUAUUUGCAAGGUCAUGAAUGGUCGCAUGCCAUUCGUCUAUUUGCAACAUCAUUAUCUAGACGACAUGAUUUAUACGAACAUGAAUUUUUAUCCGCAUUCAAUGGUGUCUAUGAUGAUUUACAACGACAAAUUCAUAAUGAUUAUGAAAAAGUUCAAUCGCAUACAAAACGUCUUUCAUUCUUACGAACAAAUCUUUUUCAACAUAUAAAAGAGAUUCUUGAUUCAGGUCGAGAUUAUGAUAUCGACGAAAACGAUGAUCAAUCCGAUAAUGAAGAUCCACAAUUUGCCGAUGAUCGACGAACGUUAGUGACUCGUUCCAAUCGCAAUGCUGAUGAUAGUGGUUCGAUCAAAACACGUUUAACGAAAAAAUCCGGUUCCGUAUCUUCCAGUAAAAAAUCUCAACGACGUGCUGCACAACAAUUGGAAAAAUUGGUUCAAUUAAAAGAAGGUUCUAAACAUGAAGAUCUUGCCAUAGUACGUGAACUGUGGUUAUUAAUAACUAAAAUUGAUAAACAAAAUUACGAUGUUCGUCAUGUGAAUAAGAUCUGCUAUCAAAUAAGUACGCAUCAAAAUUCUCUAGAAUACGAACAAAAAGGUGAACUGCUACAAAAUAAAUACAAUGAAUAUUUGAAUGCCAUUGAAAAACAAUUAACAACAAUAUGGUUAACCAAUCCUGAACAGCAGCAACAGGAGAAUGUGCAAGUUAUGGUCAUCAAUAAAAAAAUUCGCGAAAAAUUUAAAAAGGAACUGGAUCUUGUCUCGAAUCAAUAUCGUGUUUCACCGAUAUUAGCUUCAAAAACUUCGCAAUGGAAACUUGUUCUUUUCGAUUCCGAUAUUUCUGUUUAA